AUGUGUGUGAGUGAUUUAGUAUUGGUGCACGUUUUAUUUCGACAUGGAGCUAGAACCCCCGAUGUUUCUAUCGAACCUUACGUCAAUGAUCCAUUGAAAAACUAUACCUACCCACCUUAUGGCAUAGGACAAUUGACUAAUGAAGGUGUUCAACAAAUGGAAGACUUGGGUAGAUAUAUUAGAAAUAGAUACAAUACUUUUUUGGAUAAAAGAUACACUCCAGGGUCCGUAUGUGCUGCAUCUAGUUGUCGCAAGAGAACACAGAAAUCACUCGAAACAUUUUUAAAAACUUUAUAUGAGUAUGAUACGAAUAUUCCUUUUACAGUUUUGGCAAAAAAAGAUCCACUAUUAACCCCUUUUUAUGAUAUCAACUUCAUCACUAUGGCGUACCAAGAAACCAGUAAAACAUUCAAAAAAUUCGAAGGUUUAUUUAAAUUAAUAUCCAAAAAUAUUGGUUAUGAGCUUGAGAAUGGACUUUUAUCUUUGGAAAUUUUGAACAUUUUGGCUGCUCGGAAACUAUUAGGAAUACCAACUCCAGCUUGGGCAGACGAUUUAUUAACUCAAACCCACACCGAUUUGGCCAUUCAAUUUUACAAAUCUUGUAUGGCAACUUCUGAACAAAAAACUAUAUCACCAGGUAUGUUAUUAAAGGAUAUUAUGAACACAACCAGAACAAAACUCGAAGGUAAAUCAGAAUUAAAAAUAAACAUAUACUCAGGUCACGAUUUCAAUUUGGCAGCUUUAUUGAUAUAUUUUGGAAUAUUUAAUGAUACAAUUCCGCCAUAUGCGUCUUGCCUUAUUUUGGAGAUUCACAAGACAGAAGAUGAUUAUGCAGUAAAGAUAUUGUACCAGGAUUACUCAGGAAACAAUCCGCAAUUACUACAGUUGCCGAACUGUCCCGAACUGUGUCCUUUAAAAGAUUUUACAGCAAUCAUUAAAGAUGUCCUAGUAGAAAAUGAGAAUUUAUAA